GGUCCCGCUGGCACAAGGUGUCAAGGACGCCGCCACCUCCGCCAAGGACGCUGCUACUUCCGCAAAGGACGCCGCCGUCUCCGCCGCCUCCAAGGCUACCACCGCUGCCAGCAAGGCCGCCGUCGCAGCGAAGAAAGCCACUCCGGAGACCUCCGGCCCCGCCUCCGCCAAGAAGCCCAUUGACAUUCCCCCCACAUCCGAGAUCCUCAAGUCGGUAGCGCAGCCCAACCCCGCGCCGGGCAAGGGCCCCGUGCAGGCGGCGGCACGUGACGAGGCGGUGUCUGAGGCGCAGGAGCCGGCACUCCGGGCGGCGGCACGCGUGGCAGGGGAUAAGGCCAAGUGAGCUGUGUGGGCUAAACGACAGUUAUGAGAUGUCAGCGGGCUGGAAUGUGGGAUUGUUGCCGUACCGGCGUGUGAAUCCGAAGUAUGGGUAUUGCAUGGCACUGAGUGGAUGAUUAUUACACUGGUUACGGUGGAGAGAACACAGGAUGAUGAACCCAACUGGCUUUGUAGAGGGCGAGGGUUAUCUUAUUGAGGGUUAGGGACAGACCGUGGCCAUGCUGUUUGUUAUUGCAUGCAUGCAAUGUGGUGCAUCUGCUUGCAUGGGCCUUUAUGCUUAGUUGCUGUUGCUGCGAUGUAGCAUACUUAGCAGUAUGGUGGGAGAGCUGAGGGUGGGGGGCGGGCAGUGGCCCCUGUUGGGUAGUAUUGUUACUACCGUAAGCUAUCCGGGCGAACAUGUUGCUUUGAGAAUGCCGCAGACGAGAGUUGUCAGACUGCAUCCAGCGAAUGGCCGUUCGGAACCGGCAUCGGGGCAGUUGGACCAUGCAUGUGCCUUCGUUGGAUCACCCCAACGCCACGUUCCUCAAAGAGGCGUAUACCUGUAACACCCGUAGCUUGUG